AGCAAAGAGGGCAAAGAAAAUCGCAGAAAAUUUGUACAAAUAACCAACAAUUUUGGCGAUUCAACGUUAUUCGGCUUCUCGUUUAGUGUUUGUUUAUAGAUUAACUAAUUUUCGACGAUUACAAACCGGUGAAUAUCGAAGCAACAAAAUGGUUAACGUAUCCAUUUAUGAUGAGGCACCUAAACUAAAGCCCAACGAAGUACCGCAAAAUAUGGCAGCCGGAGCAGAUAGCCAACUGGAGCAUAUGUGCCGCCUUCAGUUCGAUUCGCCAGUGCCCCAUGUCCGUCUAUCCGGCAUUGUGUGCACCAUUGGACCUGCCUCGCGCAGCGUCGAGAUGUUGGAGAAGAUGAUGGCCACCGGCAUGAAUAUUGCCCGCAUGAAUUUCUCUCAUGGAUCCCAUGAAUAUCACGCCGAAACCGUUGCCAAUGUCCGUCAGGCCGUUAAGAACUAUUCUGCCAAAUUGGGCUACGAACAUCCAGUGGCCAUUGCCCUCGACACCAAGGGACCCGAGAUCCGUACUGGUCUAAUUGGAGGAAGUGGCACAGCUGAAAUUGAGUUGAAGAAGGGAGAGUCCAUCAAAUUGUCAACCAACAAGGAUUUCCUAGAGAAGGGAUCUCUGGAAGUUGUCUAUGUAGAUUACGAAAACAUUGUGAAUGUCGUUAAGCCCGGUAACCGUGUCUUCGUUGAUGAUGGUCUCAUCUCUUUGGUUGUGCGUGAAGUGUCCAAGGACACCAUCACUUGCGAGGUCGAAAACGGCGGUUCUUUGGGUUCCCGCAAGGGUGUCAAUUUGCCCGGUGUCCCCGUCGACUUGCCCGCUGUAUCUGAGAAGGAUAAGUCCGAUUUGCAGUUCGGUGUGGAGCAGGAUGUCGAUAUGAUCUUUGCUUCUUUCAUCCGCAAUGCUGCUGCUCUUACUGAGAUCCGUAAGGUGUUGGGCGAGAAGGGCAAGAACAUCAAGAUCAUCUCGAAAAUCGAGAACCAACAGGGCAUGCACAAUUUGGAUGAAAUUAUUGAAGCUGGUGAUGGUAUUAUGGUGGCUCGCGGUGACUUGGGUAUCGAGAUUCCCGCUGAAAAGGUGUUCCUCGCCCAAAAGGCAAUGAUCGCUCGUUGCAACAAGGCCGGCAAGCCUGUUAUUUGCGCUACCCAAAUGUUGGAGUCCAUGGUGAAGAAGCCACGUCCCACACGUGCCGAAAUCUCUGAUGUGGCUAACGCCGUGCUGGAUGGCGCUGAUUGUGUCAUGUUGUCUGGUGAGACAGCCAAGGGCGAGUACCCCUUGGAGUGUGUCUUGACAAUGGCCAAGACUUGCAAGGAGGCCGAGGCAGCUCUCUGGCAUCAGAACUUGUUUGCCGAUUUGGUCCGCAGUGCCAGCACUUUGGAUGCUGCCCAUGCUGCCGCCAUUGCUGCUGUUGAGGCUGCCAACAAGGCUAAGGCUGCCGCCAUUGUGGUCAUCACUACCAGUGGCAAGUCUGCUUUCCAAGUGAGCAAAUACCGCCCACGUUGCCCCAUCAUUGCGGUGACUCGUUUCCCUCAGACCGCUCGUCAGGCUCAUCUCUACCGCGGACUGGUGCCGCUUAUCUACAAGGAACCCGCUCUUGCCGAUUGGCUGAAGGAUGUCGAUGUUCGCGUCCAAUUCGGUCUGCAGGUUGGUAAGAAGAAUGGCUUCAUCAAGACCGGAGAUUCCGUGGUCAUUGUGACUGGCUGGAAGCAGGGUUCCGGCUUCACCAACACCAUUCGCAUUGUGAAAAAUGCCAAGGGGUCAGCUGAUCGACGCUCUAGCAUCAAGAACAGCAGCAAAAAUAAACCGAAAUACAAUCAAAGAUUUUGUGAAAAGUGGCUAAGUGUAUUCGAUCCGUGGCUCCAGCGUUCAAGCGAUGAUCCCGACAAGCCUUUCUGCAAAAGUACGACCAAGCACAAACGGAACUUGGAUGCAUUCCUUGGUAAUGGGGAAGGAGCUGUUCGGAAGGAACUGCGUGUACGGCAGGAACGAAGUAAAUACUAUCAACAACGCAAACGGACCUUGCAUAAGGUGAAAAAGGAAGCGAAGGCAUCUGUAGAAAAUAAAGUGAUAGAGGAAAAAUUGGAACUUCCAACUCCUGAAGAGCACUACGACUUGUUGGUGUCCGAAGUUAACCAUCAGCUAGACGAUUCACACUUGGAAGCAGAUUCGGAAGCUGUUACACCUCUCCUGCCCCAAAAAGAUACUGGACUAAAGCAAACAACUGCACCUGUCCUACAAGUAACUGCAACUAAAUCGAGCCAGGAUGGAAUCAAAAUGCUUAAGCAAAUUCACCAGGACAAAAACGAGCUAAUGGAAUCCUUUCGCGAACUAAUGGGCAGCCAAUCAACAUAUCAUCCGCCCACCUCUACUAGAGACAAGAACCAUGUGGAUCUCUUCUUCGAGAGCGUUAGUUCUAGUGUCAAAGCUCUUACGCCCAAAUUGAUAGCAGAAGCCAAGAUGCGAGUCUCUCAGCUAAUAUGUGAGCUGGAGCUGCGCUCUUUGACCGAAAACAAUAGUACAAAUGAGGACAUUAUUGAGGUGCCCGUGUUCAAGACUGGUGUAACCAUAACCAAGCAACUCCAACCCCAUUAUGGACGAUCAGUCACACUUGUCAAGCCUCAGAAUGAUGUGUGUGCUGGCCUAGAAAAUCAAUUACUACACAAUUUUUGGAAAUCAAAAUUACAUACACUUAUUUUUUGGCCAAAAACCAAAAAAUUCGAUUUCGGCUCUAAAUUAGCAGUAGAGGAGAUGAAGAAUGCUAAAAUAUGCAUUAUUGGAGCAGAAGCAUGGGGAUCUGCGAUAGCAACUGCUGUUGGCAAUAAUGCCCUGAAGGGUGACUUCGAUGCUCGCGUUCACAUAUACGUCUAUGACGAAUUGGUUCGCCACAAUUAUCUGUCCGAGGUUAUGAAUGAUCAGCAUGAGAAUAUUAAAUAUUUACCUGGUAUUCAGCUGCCUAAGAAUUUGAUUGCGGUUAAUGAUUUAUUGGAAGCUGCAGAAAAUGCCGAUAUAUUGAUAUUUGCCACACCCCAGACCUUUGUGAAAUCUUAUUGCAACAUUUUGGAAGGAAAAAUCAAGAGUACGGCAUUCGCAGUCUCAAUGAUCAAGGGCCUGAAUCACAAUAAGAAUGGCGAAAUCGAACUCUACUCACAAGCUAUCAGCAAGCAACUGAAAAUACCCUGCUACUCCAUGAUGUGUGCCAACAGCGCAAUGGAAAUGGCACAGGGUAAACUCUGCGAGAUUACCAUUGGCUGUAACAAUGCCGAACACGCUCGCGUGAUGACCACAGUUUUUCAGACAGACAACUGCAAGGUGGUGGCCACCAACGAUGUGCAUGGAGUGGAGUUGUGCGGCACACUCAAGGACAUUAUUGCUUUGGGUGCUGGUUUUAUAGAUGGCCUGCGUUUGGGUGACAAUGCUCGUGUGGCUGCCCUCCAUUUGGGACUGAAGGAAAUGAUGCGUUUCGUCAAGACCUUCUACCCAACUGCGAAGAUGUCCACCUUCUUCGAGAGCUGCGGUGUGGCAAAUUCAGUGGCUUCUUCCUAUGUUGAUAAAAAUGUAACCCUUGCCAAGAACUUCGUUACAUCAGGAAAGACUAUUCAAGAAAUUGAGGCAAAUCUCCUAAAUGGUCGGAAACUUUUGGGUCCAGUGGUGGCGCAACAGGUAAAUGACGUCCUGAUUAAAAGGAAUAUGUUAGACAAAUUCCCCCUGUUUGCAACUAUACACAAGAUCUGUGAAAACAAAGUACAACCAAUGGAAAUUGUGGAAGCCUUACGCAAUCAUCCAGACUUAAGCACAUCGUCAAUCUCUGAGCUUCUGGAUGAGGAACAUCAUAUGGCACUUAAGAAUGCCACUGAACUCAUGCUUGGCAAUGAAGCCGACAUGGAAUCGGUGCCUAGCUUUUCUUUCGAGCAGAUGAUGUCUGAGGCUGGGUCCACCGAAAAGGAAUGUCUUACAUUUUCAGAAAUGCAAGAAGAUUGGAGUCCAUUCUAUCAGUACUUUACGGCCAGUGAAGCCAAUCGAAUAACCCAAGCGAUGAUGAAUUCAGCACCAUUUGAGGAACCCUAUCCCUUGGAGCAGAAGGCAGCUGCAUUUGAAUCAGAUCCAUUCAAAAUUAAAUGUAUGGAUGAUGAGCAAAAAAUCAGUUUGCUUUCAGAGAAACCUGCUCAAGAUGCUAUGUUGAAGCCUAUUGUUGCCUCGGGCACAAUCGCAGGGAAAACUCAAAAUGCCAAAAAUUUAUCUGUAAACAACGAUUUUCGUAUUGUUAGAAAGAGUUUAAGCACCGAAAACAAAGAAGGACCUCCAAAUGAACCUUCUAGCCAUUCUGAAAGUACUUCACAUUCCGGUACUGAAGAGACUAGUUCUCAAAAACUUGAUCAUGUGGAUGCAUUGGACUUAAGUUCCGAGACCAAGAUGGAUGAGUUUAUAAUAGACAAUGCCUGGUUAUCGGAUCAAUUGCCACCAACACUUUUGGGAAGCAAGAAAGAUAACCUAACGGGAGAAACCACGACAGAUUUUGAGCCCACGACGAAUGAGUCUGAAUCCAAACAAGAUGAACAGGAAAAGAGUAGCGCGGCGCAACGCAUUGAAAAGCAUUUGAAACCCAAAGAAAACCAAUUCCAAACUUUAAAUGUUAAGGCCAAGACUUCACCACCUCAAGGAACAGAAACGUCAGCAGCAUUAUAUGAUUCCAUUAUAGCUUUCGAAGACAGCGAAAUAUCUGCUAAAUCAGAGGUGACAAAUGAAGAGGAUCCGUUUGCAGCAUUCGAAGGCAUCCACAAUUACGGACCAGAGGAAUCAAAAUCAGAUGCAGCCACACUUAAGGCACUUCAAGCAGAGAUUGCAGAGCUGGAACUCAAUCAUUUAAAAGAUAAUGACUCAACUGCACUUCCAGAGUCAGCCGCGAGCAUUUCUAAUGAUAUGCAAAUGAUCUAUGAUAAAGAUGCCAUGCUCGGGACGGACUUAAAAGACCUCGAACUAGAGAUUACCAAUUUAUCCAAUACAAUGCACCUAAAGGAGACAGAGUUUCUGCAACAGGAAUUGGCUAAACUGCAUGAGAACAAUUCCGGCUCCAAAUCUAUAAACAUGGAUGUGUUAAUGGAGCAAUCAGAACAGGAAAAUAAAGUUCAAACUGAACUUGGAUUAUCAAAUUCUGCGGAAUCUACAGAGGAACGAACUUUCCAGGAUGAGUUGCUCAAGCCUCUUGCUGAAUCUGGAACCGAGUCGCAAAACCACACCCAAUUGGAAGACAACUCGAAUACAACCGAAUCAUCAGAGCCUAAAGUCGAGAAGAUCCAGCUCAAAGACACAUCGACUGAUAAAUCCGAUCAGGAAUACUUACUCUACCUUGAUAAUAACAUGUUGAAACCCCUAAAGGACCAAUUUUUCUUAAAGUCAGCUUUGGCAAAUGCUGAAGCCUUUAAAUUGGAGUCCCAAAGGCUGAAAGAUCUAGAAGAAAGCACAAAUAAAUUUGAAGAUAAACAUUUGUCAACAGAGCUGGAAAACAUGAAUCAGGCGAAUGAGGUGCAGUUCGAAGAAGAGUCAACACAGAAUACAGAACAAGAAAAACUAUUCGAUGAGAAUUCAUUAAAAAACUUCAUCAAUUCAACUAAUCUUGAAGAUGUUCAACCCGAAUCUCAGGAGGUAAAACUAUUCGAUGAGAAUUCAUUGAGAAAAUUCAUCAAUUCAACUAAUUUUGAAGAUCUUCAACCCGAAGAAGUAAAAGUAAAACUAUUCGAAGAGAAUUCAUUAAGAAACUUCAUCAAUACAACUAAUGUUGAAGAUGUUCAACAGAUAGAAGCAAAGGAUGAAUCAGGAAAAAUCCACGAUGACGUUAAAAAGUUUGAACCCAUAGAGGCUUACUUGAAUGAUAAGUUACCGGAUGCAAAGGAGGCGCCAAAUCAACGAUUAGUGGCUGACCUUAAGGACGACGAUCAGUUGAUUAAUUGGCUGCGAAAUUAUACUGACAAGGAAACUCAACCAUCUAAACUUGAGAAGAAGGAGGAUCACGGAUGGGGCUGGCUGCUUAAUAAAGUGACUAUCGAUGAUGAUGAAACCAUUAAGGAUGAUCGUCGAAAGGAGUUCUAUAGUAGCGAGAAGGAUGCAUCUAAUACGGAGGAAAAUAAAGAACAAGUGGAAAGCCGCCAAGCGGCCAUCCCAAUGCAGAAAGAUGCAUCUAAUACGGAGGAAAAUAAACUUCAGGAAGCUGAAGAACAAGUGGAAAGCCGCCAAGCGCCAAUGCAGAAGGAUGCAUCUAAUACGGAGGACAAUAAACUUCAGGAAGCUGAAGAACAAGUGGAAAACCGCCAAGCGACCAUCCAAAUGCAGAAGGAUGCAUCUGAUACGGAGGAAAAUAAACUUCAGGAAGCUGAAGAACAAUUGGAAAGCCGUCAAGCGGCCAUCCAAAUGCAGAAGGAUGCAUCUAAUACUGAGGAAAAUAAACUUCAGGAAGCUGAAGAACAAUUGGAAAGCCGCCAAGCGGCCAUCCAAAUGCAGAAGGACGCAUCUAAUACGGAGAAAAAUAAACUUCAGGAAGCUGAAGAACAAUUGGAAAGCCGCCAAGCGGCCAUUCAAAUGUCUCAAAAUUCCGAGGAAUCUGUCCUGAAUGAAGAAAAGCAACUACCAAGUCCUGUUCAUGAAAUGACAAAGCGUAAUGUUAUAGCGCCGGGAACCCCUGCUGCACCCGUUAUCAAGCCGGCAGUCCCUAUUCAUUUUACUCCUACGCCAUUGCCACAAACCAAGCCAUUGAAUCCACAAAAGCAGCAACCCAUGCGUAAGGAGUUGCCAAUUACAUCGAAUGCUUCUGGUGCAGCCACCGAAGAAGUAAUGAAAGCAGAAACAGCUAAUGACGACAGACCAAGUGAUAAGUGGCAAGAAUACGAAGAAAGAAAUCGUUUUGAACGUCGAAAAGUGAGAACUCAGAACUUGCGGGUUGAAAGAAAAGCUGCAUAUACAGAGGCUGCAGAACUAGACUUUGAUAAUGAUAGAAAAUCGAAUGAUCUAUUGGUAAAAGGUGCAGAGGCACUAAAUGAAAGUCCUUAUGCUCUUAACAAAUCCAUUCCGCCUGCUAAGCGCCCAGCCCUGCCAAUUGCUGAGGAACCACAGCUAACAGCUAGACCACCCAUCAAGCGUAGGGAGAACCCCAUAAAUCGUCUCAGUAAAAAGUUUCAAACCAUCAUGCGCAAAGGUCAGGUACAAGCCGUGGAGAAAAAGGUAUCAUCCAAGGAGACUAGAACUCGUACGAAACCACUGGAUGGGUCUGCCAGGGAAUUACCGCAAUUCCCAAAAUUGAGAGAGGCAGCGGGAUCAAGUCAUCGUCGCAGGGCACCAACAAGGCCACAAUUCCUACCGCCGCUUAAUCCCCGUGUGCGCACACCACAUCCGCCUUUUGAUGCCCGGGAUCAUGAGUACCACACCCUGGCAAGGAGCUAUCGUACACCACCAGAUCUGUCGCGAUUGCAUUCAUUGACGAACAUGCAACAGCCACGGUCCUCCAUGGUUGCUUUAGCCCCUAAGCCGCAAUCGAAAUAUUUGUCCACCGUUAAUCUGCCGAAAUCAUCUCAAACUCGGAGUCCGUCGUUUCAAAUACCAAAGGGCCUUUUACGAUCCCCUUCGUUGGCCAAAAUAGCUUCUGCUAUUCAUCUGGGACUAUUGGUAUCAUUUUUGGCACGCCGCAAGCAGAAUGACAAAUAGUUUCUAAAAUGAUUCUCCUUCAAAUUAAUAAAGUUUCUCUUUAAAAUUUA